UUUACCUACCUUCUUUACCAAGCAAACACACUUCAUUCCCAAGUUUUUUCCCUAUAUAAAUAGCUCCACACAAGUGUUUCGGAAUCCCUAUCUAUCUAAACAUCAUUAAACACACUACCAACUUCUACUCCAAAAAAGAAACUACUGCCCUUAACACCCAAAAAAAUGAUCGUAACAGAGCUAUUUGCUCAGUUAGGCUCAGCAAUUGCUGGCCUAAUGUUUGCUUGGGCUGUGUUUCAGCAAUACUUCCCUUAUGAACUUCGCAGCUAUAUUGAUACAUAUAGCCAAAAGAUUAUUGGCAUCUUCUACCCAUAUAUCCAUAUCAUCUUUGAUGAAUAUACCGGCGAAGACCUUCGACGCAGCGAGGUCUACGCCGCCAUUCAAAACUACCUUAGCACCAACUCAUCAAUGCGCGCCAAGCGGCUUAAAGCUGAUGUAGUCAAAGAUGGGAAGUCUGUGUUACUUACAAUGGAUCACAAUGAACAAAUCUCUGAUGAUUUUAAUGGAAUUAAAGUUUGGGAUUUUAAUGGAAUUAAAGUUUGUUGGACUUCAAUAAAAAAUGAUACCAAAACGAAGCAGUUUACUUUCUAUCCGGAAUUGGAUGAAAGCAGGUUUUUCAAACUCACUGUCCAUAGACGAUAUAGAGAUAUCAUUAUUAAGUCUUACAUAGAUCAUAUUAUCAAGGAAGGGAAGGCCAUUGCAGUUAGAAAUCGGCAAAGAAAGCUUUAUACUAAUAAUCCAAGCAAGAAUUGAUACGGAUGGAGAGGUGCUAAAUGGAGCCAUGUCGUGUUUGAGCAUCCUGCGUAGUUUGACAGUUUGGCCAUGGGUAUAAAGAUGAAAGAACAGAUAAAGAAUGAUCUGAUCAAGUAUGCCAUGAUUGGGAAAGCUUGGAAAAGAGGUUAUCUUCUUUAUGGUCCACCAGGAACCGGAAAGUCCACUAUGAUUGCUGCUAUGGUUGAUUUAUUGAAUUAUGAUGUUUAUGAUAUUGAAUUAACUACCAUUAAAGAUAACAGUGAGCAUAGGAAGUUAUUGAUUGAAACUACCAGUAAGUCUAUUAUUGUAAUAGAGGAUAUUGAUUGUUCUCUUGAUCUUACUGGUCUUCUCUUGACCUUACUGGUCAAAGAAGAAAGCCAAAGAAAGUGAAAGAUGAUGGAUGAAGACGAUUUCCGAUUUCUAAAAAGCGAAAGGAAAUUAGAGGAAGAAAACAAGAGUUAGAGGUGACUUUCUAUCUGGGCUUUUUGGAAUGUCAUUGAUGGGGUUUGUCUGCUUGUGGUUGGAGAGAGAAUUAUUAUUUUUACUACUAAUUAUGUGGAGAAACUUGAUCCGGCUUUAUAGAAGGGGAAGAAUGUUAGAAGGGGAAGAAUGGAUAAGCAUAUAGAAAUGUCUUAUUGCUGCUUUGAAGCUUUUAAGGUUUUAGCUAAGAAUUAUCUGGAUGUAGAUUCCCAUGAAUUGUUUGCGAAAAUUGAGAAUUUGAUGAAGGAAAUUAAAAUGGCACCAGCCGAUGUUGCAGAGAAUUUGAUGCCAAAAUCAGUAGAUGAAGAUGAAGAGACUUGUGUGAAGAAUUUGAUUGCAAGUCUUGAGGAGGCAAAAUUGAAAGCAGAGCAAGAAGCAAAGUUGAAGGCAGAGCAAGAAGAGAAAGAGAGAGAGAAAGAUUCUGAUGUAGUACUAGUUAAAGAACCCAAAGAAAAUGGUGUCACUGAAAAUGGAAAGGAAUAAGGUGAUGAGUUCCUCCAUGUUGAUGAUGGCUAGGGUUGUGGUUUUUAUAUUGUGUGAUUGUUUAUAUAGUGUUAUGAUUGCAAUCUGAUUGUAAAUCUAUCUGGAUUGAAUAAUUAGGAGUCUUUUUAAAUAUUUGCAUAGUCACUGUAAAUAGGGAUUUGAUGUAAUUAAGCAUUAGUAUGAUUGUGAAUUCAGUAUCAAUAAUAUCUUCUAAAGUGUCUUUGUAAUUACAUGUUUGCUUGUACCAAUCACAACCCAAAUCCUCUCCAUUCACAUGUUUCAAAGGUUUUAAGAGUAAAAAAGUGCUAUGAAUUUGUUUAAUAAAAGUUGAAAAUUAUUUUUCUGGAAA